CAACCAGAAAUAAAUUAUCUUUUAACAAGUCGUUCAACCAUUGCCACCACAACCCUCCAUUUUUUCUCGUUACAGUUGUUAGCAUUCACAUGAGACUUAACUCAAACACUUCCUAUAUGACUUUCACUGCUUUCUCCAUUAAACUUCUUCUCAAUCCCAGUAACUUUCGAGCAGCAGGAGUAAGCAAGACGACCUUCAAUUGUUGUUUACUGAAGAAUAAUUCAUCAAAGCUUAAAACUCUACUUCAUCCAGCAAUUUCUACUCGUAUCUACUGGUAAUUUUCUUGCAUGUUCUAGUGCAGGAUUAUCUGUAAUGGCAGAAGAGAAAAAGGAAUCAUCUUUUGAUGCAGAUAAAGCUAAUAUGCUAGUUCAGGACCUUAGACAACAGUUCGAUUCUGGAAAAACCAAGGCUUAUGAAUGGAGAGUAGCUCAAUUGGAGGGUAUAUCCAGAAUGAUUGAUGAAAGGGAAAAGGAGAUUGUUGAAGCUGUUCAUAAAGAUCUUUCCAAGCCCGAGUUUGAAGCAUUUGUUGCUGAGAUUAACAUGACAAAAUCUUCCUGCAAGUUGGCACUUCAGGAACUCAAGCAGUGGAUGAUGCCAGAAAAGGUGAAAACUUCGUUAACAACAUACCCUUCAUCAGCAGAGAUAGUCUCAGAACCCUUAGGUGUUGUGCUUGUUAUCUCAACAUGGAAUUAUCCUUUCUUGUUAUCGCUUGAUCCGGUGAUUGGUGCAAUAGCAGCAGGAAAUGCAGUAGUCUUAAAACCAUCAGAAAUUUCUCCAGCUACUUCCUCAUUACUUGCAAACUUAUUACAAGAAUAUGUUGACAACACCUCGAUAAAAGUCAUUGAGGGUGCUGUUGAUGAAACUUCUGCCCUUCUCGAGCAAAAGUGGGAUAAAAUAUUUUACACAGGUAGUGGAAGAGUUGGCAGAAUAGUCAUGGCUGCGGCUGCAAAGCACCUUACACCUGUUAUAUUAGAGCUUGGAGGAAAAUGCCCUGUUGUUGUUGAUUCUGAUGUUAAUUUACAAGUUGCUGCAAGAAGAAUCAUAGCAGGAAAAUGGUCCUGCAAUAAUGGACAGACCUGUACUGCUGCGGAUUAUGUUAUUACUACCAAAGAUUUCGCUCCAAAGCUAAUUGAUGCUCUGAGGUCAGAGUUGGAUGAAUUUUUCGGAAAGGAUCACUUGGAUUCAAAAGACAUGUCAAGAGUCGUUAACUUGUACCAUUUUAAACGGUUAAUGAAAUCAAUGAAGGAAGAUGGUGUCUCUGAUAAGAUCGUCUUAGGUGGUCAAACAGAUGCAACACAAUUGAAAAUAGCGCCAACCAUCUUGCUAGAUGCUCCAAAAGACUCUCUUCUGAUGACAGAGGAGAUUUUUGGACCUUUACUGCCUAUUGUUACUGUUGAAAAAAUUGAAGACAGUUUUCAAGUGAUCAAGUCCAAACCGAAGCCUUUAGCAGCAUACUUAUUCACCAACAACGAGGAGCUGAAAAAAUCAUUUGUCAAGGACAUAUCAGCAGGGGGAAUGCUCAUCAAUGACACUAUCUUACAUCUUACAGUUCCCGGUUUACCAUUUGGAGGAGUAGGCGAGAGUGGAAUGGGCUACUACCAUGGAAAGUUCUCCUUCGAGGCAUUCAGUCAUAAGAAAUCGGUUAUGUACAGAAGUUUUGAUGGAGAUUCAUCAGUAAGAUAUCCACCAUACACGCCUAAGAAGCUUAAACUGAUAAAAUCUUUGAUGAGUGGCAACAUUGUUCAGACUGUUCUCACUUUAGUUGGAUGGUCUUAAAGAUUGAAAUAUGAAAAAGAGACUACACUUCUGUUUUUUCUAAGAAAACCCACAUUCAGUAUUGCUUAUACUUAUUAUUUUCAUGUACAUACAUUACCUAAUGUAUUGAUAUUGCAAUUUUAUAUAUUGUUUACAGUACAACAUAAACCUUCUGUAAUCUUUAUGCAAGAAUUUCUUGUACAACUCUUUAGAUUCUUAUACUUUACACUGGUUUUUCCAUGUA